AGCAGCUGCUGGAUCAAGGAGGGAGCCUCAGGCAAACACAGCACUGGGGCCAAUUCAGCCAAGGAUCCCGGAGCCAGCCAGGGGAGGAAUCUGAGGCUGGGGAAGCUGAAACAAGCCUGGAUCUCCAGCACUGCGCCGGGCCAGAUUCGCACACAAACCACGCCCACCACCCACGCUUAUUGAAGACCCCGCCCCCACAAAGCCCCGCCCCACGGCGUGACCGGAAGUACGCGAGGCCCCCAAGAUGGCGCCCGAAACCCGGAAGUGAGCGGCAGCCGCUAAGAGGCUCGGAGAAACUGAGGCGUCGUGAGCUCCGCGUCCGGUCGCACCCGAUUCCGAGGGCAUGAUGCCACCACUGCCGCCACCGCCACCACGGAGCUCCAAGCCCAGAUAGACGCGCCCACCCGCGGCCCCGGGUUUCCUGCCCCUGAUGCUCGCAGUGGGGCUUGCCAUGGACCGGGAGUACCCACAGCGUGAGCCCCCUCCUGCCGGCGUCCUGUACAGCCCGCCCCCCCUGCAGAAUGGCCUCCUGCACUAUCCCUGGUGGAGCAGCUUCUCAACACCAUCGUACCCAUCCUUCUCCAGUGACAGCCAUGCAUUCUCGAGCCCGGUCUCCUUUCUGGACAGCCCGCCCUGCCCCAAUGCCAGCUACACUACUGCGGCCACCGCCCCUGGAUUCCUGUCUACGAGCAGUGACGUUCCUCAGGACUCCUACUUCGAGGACCUUUCCAACACCUCCAUCUUCUCCUCAUCGGUGGACUCCCUGUCAGAUAUCGUGGACACGCCUGACUUUCUGCCAGCAGACAGCCUCAGCCAGGUGCCCACAAUCUGGGAUGUGAGCACCGCUUCGUCCACCCACGACAAGCUGUUCCUGCCCAGUGGACCAUUCCCAGGCCUUGAGGACCCUGUGACCUCCCUGCCCAGCACCUCCCUUCUUGUCAGCUACCAGUCCCAAAGCCAGCCUGAGGACGAGGUGGAGGACGAGGAGGAGGAAGAGGCAGAGGAGCUGGGCCACGCUGAGACUUACGCUGACUACGUGCCCUCCAAGUCCAAAAUCGGGAAGCAGCAUCCAGACCGCGUGGUAGAGACCAGCACUCUGUCCAGCGUCCCCCCACCGGACAUCACCUACACCCUCGCACUGCCCACGUCGGACAGCACAGCCCUGUCCGCCUUGCAGCUGGAAGCCAUCACCUACGCCUGCCAGCAACACGAGGUCCUGCUGCCCAGUGGUCAGCGCGCGGGCUUCCUUAUCGGCGACGGGGCUGGCGUGGGCAAGGGCCGCACGGUGGCCGGCAUCAUCGUGGAGAACUACGUGCGCGGCAGGAAGAAGGCCCUGUGGUUCAGUGUCUCCAACGACCUCAAGUACGACGCGGAGCGCGACCUAAGGGACAUCGAGGCCCCAAGCAUCGCAGUGCAUGCGCUGAGCAAGAUCAAGUACGGCGACAACACUACCUCAGAGGGCGUCCUCUUCGCUACCUACUCGGCCCUGAUCGGGGAGAGCCAGGCGGGCGGACAGCACCGCACGCGCCUGAGGCAGAUCCUCCAGUGGUGCGGGGAGGCCUUUGACGGCGUCAUCGUGUUUGAUGAGUGCCACAAAGCCAAGAAUGCCAGCUCGACCAAGAUGGGCAAGGCUGUGCUGGACCUGCAGAACAAGCUGCCCCUGGCCAGGGUGGUCUACGCCAGUGCCACAGGUGCCUCUGAGCCUCGGAACAUGAUCUACAUGAGCCGCCUGGGCAUCUGGGGCGAGGGCACACCCUUCCGGACAUUCGAGGAGUUUCUACACGCCAUCGAGAAGAGGGGUGUGGGCGCCAUGGAGAUUGUGGCCAUGGACAUGAAGGUCAGCGGCAUGUACAUUGCACGCCAGCUCAGCUUCUCCGGAGUCACCUUCCGUAUCGAGGAGAUCCCGCUGCCCCCAGACUUUGAGCGUGUUUACAACCAGGCAGCACUGCUGUGGGCCGAGGCCCUGGGCGUGUUCCAGCAGGCGGCCGACUGGAUUGGCCUGGAGUCACGCAAGUCCCUGUGGGGCCAGUUCUGGUCAGCCCACCAGCGCUUCUUCAAGUACCUGUGUGUUGCCGCCAAGGUGCACCGGCUGGUGGAGCUGGCCCGCAAGGAGCUGGCCAGCGACAAGUGCGUGGUCAUUGGGCUGCAGUCCACGGGCGAGGCGCGCACACGGGAGGUGCUGGACGAGAACGAGGGGCGCCUCGACUGCUUCGUCUCGGCUGCUGAAGGCGUCUUCCUGUCGCUAAUCCAGAAGCACUUUCCUUCCACCAAAAGGAAGCGGGACAGAGGAGCCGGCAGUAAGAGGAGGCGGCGGCUGCGAGGCCGUGGGACCAAGGCACCCAGGCUGGCAUUUGAGGGGACAGGCGUGAUCCGCAUCAGCGACGACAGCAGCACUGAAUCAGACGCUGGCCUGGACAGCGACUUCAACUCCUCCCCCGAGUCCCUGGUGGACGACGAUGUGGUCAUUGUGGAGGCUGGCGGGCAUCCUAUGGAUGACCGGGGCCCCCUGUGCCUACAUGGCCCGGCUGUUUUGGAGCGUGUGGAGCGGCUGAAGCAGGACUUGCUGGCCAAGGUGCGGGCGCUGGGCCGCGAGCUGCCUGUCAACACCCUGGACCAGCUCAUUGACCAGCUCGGGGGUCCUGAGCAUGUAGCGGAGAUGACGGGCAGGAAAGGCCGUGUCGUGUCCAGGCCUGAUGGGACGGUGACCUUCGAGUCGCGGGCAGAGCAGGGCCUGUCCAUUGACCACGUGAACCUCAGGGAGAAGCAGCGGUUCAUGAGCGGCGAGAAGCUCGUGGCCAUCAUCUCUGAGGCCUCCAGCUCGGGUGUCUCCCUGCAAGCCGACCGUCGCGUGCAGAACCAGCGCCGCCGUGUGCACAUGACACUCGAGCUGCCCUGGAGCGCCGACCGUGCCAUCCAGCAGUUCGGACGCACACACCGCUCCAACCAGGUGUCCGCACCCGAGUACAUCUUCCUCAUCUCCGAGCUGGCCGGAGAGCGGCGCUUUGCCUCCAUUGUUGCCAAGCGGCUGGAGAGCCUGGGUGCCCUGACACACGGGGACCGCCGCGCCACUGAGUCCCGGGACCUCAGCAAAUACAACUUCGAGAACAAGUACGGCACCCGGGCCCUCAGCUGCGUCCUCAACACCAUCCUGAGCCAGACAGAAAACAAGGUGCCGCUGCCCCGGGGCUACCCUGGAGGGGAUGCCGCCUUCUUCCGGGACAUGAAGCAGGGCCUGCUCUCGGUCGGCAUCGGUGGGCGGGAGUCACGGUCUGGCGGGCUGGACGUGGAGAAGGACUGCUCCAUCACCAAGUUCCUGAACCGCAUCCUGGGGCUGGAGGUCCACAAGCAGAACGCGCUGUUCCAGUACUUCUCAGACACCUUUGAUCACCUCAUCGAGAUGGACAAGAAGGAGGGCAGAUACGACAUGGGCAUCCUGGACCUGGCUCCUGGAAUUGAUGAAAUCUAUGAGGAGAGCCAGCAGGUGUUCCUAGCCCCCGGGCACCCGCAGGACGGGCAGGUGGUCUUCUACACGAUCACCGUGGACCGCGGGCUGAAGUGGGAAGAGGCCUUCACCAAGUCACUGGGGCUCAAGGGCCAGUAUGAUGGCUUCUACCUCUCCUAUAAGGUGCGGGGCAACAAGCUGAGCUGCCUGCUGGCCGAGCAGGGCAGCGGCAAGCACUUCACCGUGUACAAGCCCAACAUCGGCCGCCAGAGCCAGCCCGAGACCCUGGACAGCCUGUGCCGCAAGUUCCAGCAGGUCACCGCGGAGGAAGCACAGAAGCACUGGGAGAGCAGCUACGCCUACUCGCUGACGCACUGCAGCCACAUGGCUUGGAACCAGCACUGCCGGGUGACCCAGGAAGGCAAGGACUGCGUGCAGGGCCUGCGCCUGCGGCACCACUACGUGCUGUGCGGCGCGCUGCUGCGCGUGUGGGGCCGCGUGGCCGCCGUCAUGGCCGAUGUCAGCAGCAGCAGCUACCUGCAGAUCGUGCGCCUCAAGACGAAGGACAGGAAGAAGCAAGUGGGCAUCAAGAUCCCCGAGGGCUGCGUGCGCCGCGUGCUGCAGGAGCUGCGGCAGAUGGACGCGGAGGUGCAGCGCCGCAGCCGCCCC